GCCAGUUUUGAGUUUUUUCGUGUAAGUUGACUUGAUCAGCACAUCGUAUCGUAUAUAGAAAGAUUAAUCAUUGAAAAAAACUUCAAAGAAGAACGAUGGAAUCCGGUAGUUUAUUUAAUUUUACUGACAGAAUCAAAGAGGAACCUGCUGAUAUGUCGCUUAUCGGAAAUGGUUGUGAAAUGAUUGAUGAGAAACCCGAUUUGAAAAACUUCCAGCUCUCACCAUUUCCACGAGAAAAUACAAAUCAUAACCUACGUAAAUGUGACGAAAAUCAAGAAACUGAACUCGGUAAAGCAAUGGAAAUAGUUUUUGAAUGUGAAGAUUUCAAACCCAAAAUAGAUUUACCGUUAGUUAAACAAAUUGUCAACUACUCUCCGAAUCACUUGCAAAAUUUGAAAGAUAGCGAUGUAUGUAAAAGUCAAAAGAUAAUUAAAAUGGAACACACACAGGAAGUGAAACAGGAAAUUAUUUGUGAAGUUACAGAGGAAUCGAAUUCAAAUUUCAACUGUAAAUUUAUUGAACAAAAUGAAAAAAGAAGAAUUACUAAAAAGUUUAACAACAAAAAUAUGCUCCGAACACAUAUCGAUAGAGUGCACGAUAAAAAAAACCCCGCAUGUAAAGUAUGUGGAAAAAAAUUUUCAAGUAAAAAUUAUUUAAAAGUCCACAUUGAUGGAGUGCAUAAAAAUGUCACCCACUCAUGUGAUAAUUGUGGCAAAAAAUUUACACAAAGAAGUAGUCUCAAUUCCCACAUAAAUUCGAAACAUAAUGGUGUUUCCCAGGCUUGUGAUAUAUGCGGCAAAAAAUUUUCGUAUAAAUCUAGUCUGAAAACCCAUAUGGAUUCGGUGCAUAAUGGUAUUAACUACGCGUGUGACUUAUGCGGAAAGAAAUUUCCAUUGAAGACUAAUCUCAAGACCCACAUUGAUUCGGUGCAUAAUGGUACCAAACAUAAAUGUGAUCAAUGCGGCAAGAAAUUUUCGCAAAAAUCUAAUCUGAAAACCCACAUAAAUUCAGUGCAUGAUGAUAAUAAAUACGCCUGUGACUUAUGCGAAAAGACAUUUUCAUUAAAGACUAAUCUCAAGAACCACAUUGAUUCGGUGCAUAAUGGUACCAAACAUAAAUGUGAUCAAUGCGGCAAGAAAUUUUCGCAAAAAUCUAAUCUGAAAACCCACAUAAAUUCAGUGCAUGAUGAUAAUAAAUAUGCCUGUGACUUAUGCGAAAAGACAUUUUCAUUAAAGACUAAUCUCAAGAACCACAUUGACACGGUGCAUAAUGGUAUCCAGCAUUCAUGUGAUAAAUGCGGCAAGAAAUUUUCGCAUAAAUAUAAUCUGAAAACCCACAUUGAUUCGGUGCAUAAUGAUAUUAAAUAUGCGUGUAACUUAUGCGAAAAGACAUUUUCAUCAAAGAUUAAUCUCAAGAACCACAUUGACACGGUGCAUAAUGGUAUCCAGCAUUCAUGUGAUAAAUGCGGCAAGAAAUUUUCGCAUAAAUAUAAUCUGAAAACCCACAUGGAUUCGGUGCAUAAUGAUAUCAAAUACUCGUGUGACUUAUGCGAAAAGACAUUUUCACGAAAAUUUAAUUUGAAGACCCACGUCAAUAAGAUGCACAUAGGUGUUACCUGUACAUGUGGCAUAUGUGGAAAAACAUUCAUACAGAAGAGUCAACUAAAAAUCCACAUUGAUUCGAUGCAUCACUCACGCAUUAAAGGGCACAUCAAAUUCAAUGUAAAAGGUUUGGAAAAGCAAUAG